AUGUUGAUAGGAAGUACUAGUCUAAAAGUUCUUCUCUUUAACCUAGCAUAUUGCCUUGACAACGUUGCCAGCGGAAAACCUGCUGUCCAGAGUUCUAUUAGGUUCUCAGCUGUUCCGGGGCGAGCCGUGGACGGAAAUGGAGAACUUGACUGGGGAGGUGCAUCUUGUACAUACAGCCCUGGAACCAGUACUCAUCCACUGCCGUGGUGGCGGGUUGAUCUGCAGAAGGUGGUAAACAUUGAGGCGGUCACCGUCGUUAACAGAGGAUUCAGCCAAUUUGAAAAUAACUGCAGCUUCAGUCAGAGGUCCCCGUCCACCUUUGUGCCCUUCACAGAGAUGUAUCACACGACCAGACCCAGGCAUGAAAUCAUCGGCAGCUUGAAGACCUGCAUGAUUGAAUGUACGAUGAUGUGGGCAUGUGAUGGUUUUAACUUUAAUAUCCUGGAUAGCAGUAAUGACAAUGGAACAUCAUAUUGCCUUGACAACGUUGCCAGUGGAAAACCUGCUGUCCAGAGUGCUAUUGGCUUCUCAGCUGAUCCAGGGCUAGCCGUGGACGGAAAUGGAGAACUUGACUUCGAAGGUUCAUCUUGUACGUACAGCCCCGGAACCAGUAGUCAUCCACUGCCGUGGUGGCGGGUGGAUCUGCAGAAGGUCAUUAACGUUGAGGCGGUCACCAUCGUUAACAGAGGAUUCAGCGAAUGGGAAAUUCCUCCCCACACCAUAACAUCCCCUCCACCAUACAGCACGAACUUCCUGAACGCAACAUGCCGCCCGUCGUUCUCACCUUCAGCGGUUAACACACUGUCUUCCAUCAGCUCCAAACAGACAGAACCAGCUUCCAUCAGUGAAGACGACGGUGUUGCUCUCUGUCAAUAA